UUAAAAACAUAUAAAAAAAGAAAAACGUAAGCCUACGGUAAUACUGAAAAGCAAUCAAUGCCCUUUCCAUAAUUCUUAACUUAUUAAAUUAUUUAUCUAAAAAUAAAACAAUUUUGUGAUAUCUUUUUUGUGUUUAGUCAUAGGUUGAAAAAUAAAACAAGAAAAAGCGAAAAAACCAAAACAAAAAGUAUGCAAAGCCCAUAGACAAGUAAAUCCUUAAAAAAAAAAAAAAAAUAAUAUUUAUUAGAGCACAGUUUAUGAUUUGUGUUGAGCGUUAAACUUUUGCGUUGUUUUUAAAUCAAAUACUUAGUUUGAAAGCUUAGACACUCAGGAUUUAGUUUAAAUUUAUAGUUUAGUCGAUGAGUUUCAGUUGCGAAUACUCGCUUGAGAAAAGGCCCCCGCGCACGUACCGACACACACGCAUGCACGCCAAGUUUUUGGGGCUGCUCUACACCAACACCGACUCUUAAGUACACACACCGACACGACACGACACGACGAACGGACAAUACACAAAACCAAUGCUAAAAUGUCGCUGCCCAACGAACAGACAACAAACUUGCCGCACAAUCCCAGCCAACCAACAGCAGCAGCAGCAGCAGCAGCAUCAUCCACACCAUCAUCACCAUCUACAACAACAAGAGGAACAGCAACAACACCAUCCACACCAACACCUUCCACAAAAACCACACAAAAUGAGCUGAAACACCGCCUGACGCCAUUGAAUGUCCGUCGUUUAUCGGGCUACGUUAAUCCGCAAGCGAUCAGUGAUAAUGCUGGCGAUGAUCCCCCGCCCACUACCAUUAACAUUGGCCUCUUCAAUAACAAUAACAACAACAAUACAAAUAAUAAGAACAACAACAAUAACAACAACAACAACACAGCAUCAACAACGCCACCAUCUGCAUAUGCCACACCACCAAUAUACCAACAACAGUUGUCCACAUUGACAACAACAACACCGCUAGAUGUGGCCACGGAUGAUAAAUACAGAUUGUUUACCAUUUUCAAUGGAAACGAUCCCGACAAUGAGAAAUUGUCGGGCCUACCACAUUCGACAACCGGUUCACUAAGCUCAAUCAUCACGACGUCCAUAGCAUCCUCCGAACCGGAUCCUGGAGCGGCGAGCGGCGGCGGCGCUGGCGGUGGUGGAGGCGCAGGUGGAGGCGGUAGUGGCAAUGGUGGUAUCGGUUCAGGUGCCCUGGUGGCAGCUGAUGCCUCCAGCAUUGCCGGUAUCAAUGGCAGUUCCGAGGAGAAGUUGGCGCUCAAUAGACCAGGAAUCAAACAGGAGAAAUGGACGACAAUCCUGCUGCAGGUUUCCAUACCGUUCUUCCUUGCCGGCAUUGGCACCAUCGGAGCUGGCAUUGUGCUGGGACGCGUUGAGAAAUGGUAUGUUUUCAAGAAUGUGAGUGAGCUGUUCAUCCUGGUGCCGGCGCUAUUGGGCUUGAAGGGCAACCUGGACAUGUGCCUGGCUUCGCGGUUAUCCACGCAAGUAAAUCUGGGCAACAUGACCAGUCGACAGGGCGUGAUACGAAUGAUAGUGGGGAAUAUAGCACUGGUGCAGGUCCAGGCGACGGUGGCCUCCUUUCUGGUGGCCAUGUUUGCGGUAAGCGUUGGUGCAGCGAUGACUGGGGAGUUCUAUUUCGAGAACAUGAUGCUGCUAACUGCUUCGGCGAUGUUCACGGCCACCUCCUCGUGCUUUGUGCUGGACUUUGUUUUGGUGGCUGUAAUCCUGUUCUCGCAGAAGUAUCGCCUCAAUCCGGAUAACUUGGCCACGCCGCUAGCCGCCUCCAUCGGUGAUGUAGUGUCGAUCAGUUUACUGUCCUUUAUAGCCUCGCUGCUCUACGAUCAUAUCAAAACGCACCUGUGGAUCACAUUCAUCGUGGUCACUUGCUACCUAGUGCUCUUGCCCAUGUGGGUGAUGAUCGUGCUGAGGAACGAGUACACGCGACCGGUGCUAAAGAGCGGAUGGGUACCCGUCCUCUCAGCCCUCUGUAUAAGUGGUCUGGGUGGCCUUGUCUUGGAUGCCGCUGUCGAGGUGUUUAAUGGGUUCGUUGUAUUUCAACCGAUCAUCAACGGUAUUGGCGGCAAUCUGGUAUCGGUGCAGGCCAGCAAGAUAUCCACAAUGCUGCACCAGAGCUCAAUUAUCGGGAUUAUACCACCGCACACUCAGAUCUUCGAGUGGCCCUGGCGGGCGCUCUUCAAAGGAGUUCCCUAUGCGAAGACAGCGAGGAUACUUAUUGCCAUGUCCAUUCCCGGCAAUGUUCUGUUCAUCUUCGCUGCUGACUAUAUAAACUAUAGCACCUCAACGGUCACCUGGGUGUUUGUACUUUCCUAUCUAACAGCCAGUUUAGUGCAGGUGAUGCUGCUGCUGUAUAUUGCCCACAUUAUUGUGCACGCGAUGUGGAAAUGGAAGAUCGAUCCGGAUAACUCGGCCAUACCCUACCUGACGGCCUUGGGCGAUCUGCUGGGCAGCAGUCUGCUGGCUGUGGCGUGGCUAUUUACCAUGUCGGUGGGCAUGCAAUAUGGUUCCGGAAUGCAGACACUCAACGCACCUAACUAGAGUAGCUAAGGAGAUAGGGAAUACGGAUUAAAACGUAGAACGAUAAACAAGGCAGCCCACACACCACAAAACACCAACACACAAUAUAAAGAACUGUUAUGUACCUAAAACAAAUAUAUAGAAAACAUAGAAAUUGUA